GACGUUUGUACGCACAGGACUGACGCACGCAGUAUAAAUACCGGUUUUCUGACGUCAGCGGCCUCUUCCCUGCCUAUGCCCUCGUGAGGUGGGCAGUGUAAAAGUCCUUGUCUCUUUUCUCCACCAAGAGAAUCCAAAACCAUCCGUCAAAAUGGUGAACUUUACCGUAGACCAGAUCCGUACCAUCAUGGACAAAAAGGCCAACAUUCGUAACAUGUCCGUGAUCGCGCACGUUGACCAUGGAAAGUCCACCCUGACGGAUUCACUGGUGUCCAAAGCUGGCAUCAUUGCCUCAGCUCGUGCUGGAGAGACACGUUUCACAGACACUCGCAAAGAUGAGCAGGAACGUUGCAUUACCAUCAAGUCUACAGCCAUCUCCAUGUACUAUGAGCUGAGUGAACAAGAUCUGGCCUUCAUCAAGCAGAGCAGGGACGGUCCUGGUUUCUUGAUCAACCUGAUUGAUUCGCCGGGGCACGUUGACUUCUCCUCUGAAGUGACAGCUGCUCUCCGUGUUACCGAUGGAGCACUUGUUGUCGUCGACUGCGUGUCUGGUGUGUGUGUGCAGACUGAGACUGUGCUCCGCCAGGCCAUCUGUGAGCGAAUUAAGCCAGUCCUGAUGAUGAACAAGAUGGACCGUGCCUUGCUGGAGUUGCAGCUGGAGCCUGAGGACCUUUACCAGACUUUCCAGCGUAUUGUUGAGUCAGUCAAUGUAAUCAUUUCCACUUAUGGAGAGGAUGAAAAUGGACCAAUGGGAAACAUCAUGGUUGAUCCAGUCAUCGGUACUGUUGGCUUUGGCUCCGGCCUCCAUGGUUGGGCUUUCACCCUGAAGCAGUUUGCUGAGAUGUACGCAGCCAAGUUUGCUGCCAAAGGCAACACUCAGAUGACUGCACAGGAGCGCUGCAAGAAGGUGGAGGACAUGAUGAAAAAGCUGUGGGGUGACAGGUACUACGACACGGAAAAUGGCAAGUUUGUCAAGAAUGCUAUUGGUGCUGAUGGCAAAAAGUUCCCUCGCACCUUCUGUGCUCUUGUCCUCGACCCCAUCUUCAAGGUGUUUGAUGCCAUCAUGAACUUCAGAAAGGAAGAAGCAGCAAAGCUGAUCCAGAAGAUGGAUAUCAAGUUGGACACUGAAGACAAGGACAAGGAGGGCAAGCCUCUCCUAAAGGCUGUGAUGCGCCGUUGGCUGCCUGCUGGAGAAGCCCUUCUGCAGAUGAUUACCAUUCACCUCCCAUCCCCCGUCACUGCCCAGAAGUACCGUUGUGAGCUGCUCUAUGAAGGACCUGGAGAUGAUGAAGCUGCUAUGGGAAUCAAGAAUUGUGACUCCAAGGCCCCACUUAUGAUGUACAUCUCAAAGAUGGUCCCCACCAGUGAUAAGGGUCGCUUCUAUGCAUUUGGUCGUGUCUUCUCUGGGAGUGUGUCCACUGGACUCAAAGUGCGCAUCAUGGGACCAAACUUUGUUCCAGGAAAGAAGGAGGAUCUUUACCUGAAGCCUAUUCAGAGGACCAUUUUGAUGAUGGGUCGCUAUGUCGAGCCCAUUGAAGAUGUGCCUUGUGGUAACAUUGUGGGCCUGGUGGGAGUGGACCAGUACCUCGUUAAGACCGGAACAAUCACCACAUUUGAGCAGGCGCACAACAUGAGAGUGAUGAAGUUCAGUGUGAGCCCCGUUGUGAGAGUCGCUGUGGAGGCCAAGAACCCUGCAGAUCUGCCCAAACUGGUGGAGGGUCUAAAGCGUCUGUCAAAGUCCGAUCCUAUGGUGCAGUGCAUCAUUGAGGAGUCUGGAGAGCACAUUGUUGCUGGUGCUGGAGAGCUGCAUCUGGAGAUCUGUCUGAAGGAUUUGGAGGAGGAUCAUGCUUGCAUUCCAAUCAAGAAAUCUGAUCCAGUGGUGUCCUACAGAGAAACCGUCAGCGAAGAAUCCAGCUUGAUGUGUUUGUCCAAGUCGCCAAACAAGCACAACCGUUUGUUCAUGAAGGCCCGUCCCUUCGAAGAGGGCCUGGCAGAGGACAUCGAGAAGGGUGAUGUUGCCGCUCGCCAGGAGCUGAAGGCCCGUGCCCGUUACCUUGCCGACAAGUACGAGUGGGAUGUCGGUGAGGCCAGGAAGAUCUGGUGCUUCGGACCUGACGGUAACGGGCCCAACCUGCUGGUGGAUGUCACUAAAGGAGUGCAGUACCUUAAUGAGAUCAAGGACAGUGUUGUGGCUGGUUUCCAGUGGGCAGCCAAGGAGGGUGUUCUCUGUGAAGAGAACAUGCGCGCCUGUCGCUUUGACAUCCACGAUGUGACCCUGCACACAGAUGCCAUCCACCGUGGUGGUGGUCAGAUCAUUCCAACAGCCCGCAGAGCCCUGUAUGCUUGUGAGCUUACAGCAGAUCCAAGACUCAUGGAACCAGUCUACCUGGUGGAGAUCCAGUGCCCUGAAACUGCAAUGGGUGGGAUCUAUGGUGUGCUGACCCGGAGACGUGGUCAUGUGUUUGAGGAGUCCAGGGUAAUGGGAACACCUAUGUAUGUCAUCAAGGCCUACCUGCCUGUCAUGGAGUCAUUUGGAUUCACAGCUGACCUUCGUUCCAACACCGGCGGCCAGGCCUUCCCACAGUGUGUGUUUGACCACUGGCAGAUCCUCCCAGGAAACCCCAUGGAGCCCACAAGCAAGCCUGGUAUUGUUGUCCUUGAGACACGCAAACGCAAGGGUCUCAAAGAAGGUGUCCCAGCUUUGGACAACUACCUGGACAAAUUGUAAUGGCCUGGACCCCCACCAACUAGGCUAUUGUCUCAUUCCUCUCUACCCACCAAAUUUGAUUAUCUCGUGGGACCGAACUGUACAGAACAGUGAGCACCAAUGUUUGCCAAAAGGAACGACCAUAAUAAAGAAAUGACCACAAAAAUUGUAAACGAUAAAUAAAGGUAAAUAAAAACCUGGAA